GUUCUUCUCUGACAUCCUGAACGGUGUUGCAUAAUUCAAAGCUGGACUCGGAAGCCUGUCUUCACUUGAUUUGUGGGCAACUGGAGGCGCAAUUGGUUUUCAAUCAAGUGGUGAGCUGCAUUUUGGGCAAGGACUUGUUGCGACUCUGUGCUGGAUCAGUGCCUUGCUGGAACACUGCGGCGUUUGUUUGCGCCAGCCACGUAAGAAGUUGUGAAUUCGGGACUCUUUUUCAAAUGCAUGAUGGGCACCGCAACUCCAAAGAGACACAACCUCGUCUUUGUCGAGGAGCACCGUUCUGAUUUGAGCUGACAUGAGAAUCCUUAUAAAGUGCUCAGGAAGCCUUGCUGCAUGAAACGGCUUGGAGCACUUCGCAUGCGCUACAUGAAGGCUCUGGCAGCGGGGCAUGAUUGAGCUUCACAAGAUACGCCUUUUUACUCUUUUAAGGUUAAGAACAAGCCUUGUAAGACGGGGCAUUCUCAACCAGCGGACCUGGGCCGGCGCAGAGUCUCUUAGAAGUAGCACCACCUAUGUACGCCGCAUAGAAAAGUUUAAAUUGAAGUAAGUUACUCUCCUAGGACAAAGUCCUGAUCGUUGCCAGCACAAUGGGCCGCUGUAUAGCUUCCGCUAUGCUGGUGGCCCACCUCGCCUUUCUCCUCCUGCAAACUUCACUUGCGGAGACGGUGGCGCUUUAUCAACGCCCCGGGAAUAGGCUCGAUGAGCUGACACCGGGCCUCCUUUCCGGUCUGGGUGGGUGGACGCAACUCCUGGUCGGUGUCAAGAAUGGGACUUUGUCAGUAGGGGCGACGCUGACUCAGCUUGGAGUGGGACCGCCAGAAAGUCUUGGCAAAAGGGAUAUGGCAGCUGCUCCAACCGACCACCACUGGCCGCCUCUCCGUUUUGAUUUUCGGAAUGUGUUGGGGGGCGUCCUUUGCUCCCUUGGGGCCACCCUGUCAAGCGCAGCCGGAGUCGGGGGGGGCGGCUUGUUUGUCCCAAUCUUCAACCUCGCGCUCCAGUACGAUGCCAAGACAUCCACAGCCCUGUCUCAGGCUGUGAUUGCGGCCGGGUCCCUAGUGUCAAUCCUGUACAACAUCAAGCGGAAGCACCCGUCGCAGGACACGUCCUUGGUCGACUUCGACCUGGUCAUGCUGUUUAUUCCGGCGCUGCUCACAGGGAUCACUGUCGGCGUUGUGUUGAACCAGCUGUUCCCAACGUGGUGCAUCAUCCUGCUCUUGACAGUACUGCUUGGAUACAUGAGCUUCCUUACCCUCCGGAAGGGCCUCAGGCUGUGGGAGUACGAGACCAAGCUGGCGGUGAUUCAGAUCAAGCGGGACCAGUCGCCCAUCCCCCUCCCCCCCGAAGAGGAAGCGUUCCAGGCGUUGGACGCGAACAUGGUCGGGAGCGAGGGAAUGGCGGGCCACGUGGACCUCCUGGGGGAAGCGGAGAAGGCGCGGGGGGGGUCGCGCAACAGCAAUAGCGUCCCCCUGCUGCGAAACCUGCGGGAGUACCCGGGGAGUCACAACCCGGUAGAUAAGUUCAAGGUUCCCAUGGAGGAGACGCCGAUCCCGGUGCCGUGGCCCCGGGUGGGGCAGGCCGCCUUCAUCUGGCUCGUCUUCUUCGGCUUGCAAGUGCUCAAGGGCGGGAAGAGCGCACCGAGCGUGUUUGGUAUCACGUCGUGCGACUGGCAGUACUGGGCGCUCGACUUGGUACAGAUUCCCAUAGCCGUCGCUUUCAUAUGGGCAGAAGGCUGCCGGCUUAUCAAGAACGAGGAGAUCGGAGAAAGCGAGGGGGGGGUUGUUUGGACGAAAAGGGAAGUCAUUCGGUAUCCGGCGUAUGCGUUUGUAGCAGGCACGCUUGUGGGCAUGCUCGGGAUCGGGGGGGGGAUGCUAAUCAACCCGCUGCUGCUGGAGCUGGGGGUUAUUCCGCAGGUUACGGCUGCCACGUCAUUUGUGCUCAUCUUCUUCUGCGCCUCUAUGGCCGCCGCCCAGUUUGGGAUCAUGGGCCAACUGCCGGUCACCGCAGCGCUCGUUUUUAGCGUGGUAUGCGCCGGGUCGUCGUUUCUCGGCAACUCGACCGUCCGGUUGAUCGUCGCGAAGCAGGGGCGCGCGUCGGUUAUCGUGUUUGCGCUCGCGGGGAUUAUGAUCACCAGCACGGCGCUCAUAGGUAUCUUGGGCGGCGCCAAUACAAUCUACCAGCUUGAGCAUGGCGCGUCGUGGGGUUUCCAUCCCCUCUGCAAGCGUGGAGUGUAGACGUCACCAACUUUUGAGGUGAUAAAGAUGUUAUAUUCAUAGUCAAAGUUGUAUACGUAUAUGAGCGCUCCCCUCCGUAGAGUCCUCAAUCACACAGAGAAGGAAGCGAGUGCCAUGCUUUGGCACCUAGCUUGGCAUGCGAGUUAUAUAGAUUCGUUUUGAAAAUCGAAGACGCAUCGUACUUUCAUAUAUGAAGGUAAUACCGAGCAAAAUUGAGUGCAAGCUGCCGCGCAGCUAGAGUGGCUUCCAGAGGCAGAUUGUGUCACAUAUCCACAGCAGGUAAUCUGCUUUUGUCCAACUAUUUGCCAAGCCUGAAGCGUCAUUGCCCUCAGUAAUACCAUCAGUGAUAAUCAGAUCGAGCGAAAAGAAGCGCC